UGAAAAGCCGUCUGAGUGAUCAGAAAUUAUUAAAAAUAGCAUGGUGCAUGUUUUUAACAUCCGGUAGUAUUGAUGCCCGUUAUUAUGACCUUAGGCGGUAGUUAAAUUCGUGAUAUUCGUGUUUAAACCACCGGUCUAAACAUCCAGAUAAUACGGACAACCCGUAAGGUGCACCACCGGUGUUGUUGGACGAAGGAAGGAAAUGUUAGCUUACGGUUGCUGAAUUUGAGUGGACAUUUUGUGGGGAGAAAAGGGAUUUCAGUCCAUUAAACGGGUCAUUCUCGGAGGACCAAAUGCUGCCGCUAGUUGUACCGUAGUUAGCAGGCUCUACUGGGCAGCUAGCUACAUUUAGCAUCUCCAGCUACUGCUAAGGACCACGUUGUCUUUUGAUAUCAACAUUUUGGUAAAAGUGAAGAGCUAUGGAUUUCCCAGGUCACUUUGAGCAGAUCUUCCAACAGCUCAACUAUCAGCGUGUGCACGGCCAGCUGUGUGACUGCGUCAUCGUUGUCGGCAGCCGACACUUUAAAGCCCACCGCUCUGUACUCGCGGCCUGCAGCACCCACUUCAGAGCACUGUUCACUGUCGCAGAGGGCGAUGCCAGCAUGAAUAUGAUCCAGCUGGACAGCGAGGUGGUGACAGCAGAAGCGUUUGCCGCUCUGGUGGACAUGAUGUACACGUCAACACUGAUGCUGGGGGAGAGCAACGUCAUGGAUAUUCUCCUCGCUGCUUCUCAUCUGCACUUGAACAAUGUUGUCAAGGCCUGCAAACACUACCUGACCACUCGUACGUUGCCCAUGUCUCCCUCGUCCAGCCACCACCCUCAGCAGGAGCAGCAAAGGCACAGGCAGCAGCAGGCAGCAGAUUUGGUGAACCCAACUCUGCCAGCGAAUUCUAACCUUGCAGGCAGCUCUGCCUCAUCCAAGCUGCAGCGUUCCUUUCUGCUGCAGCAGCUGGGGCUCAGCUUGGUGAGCUCUGCACUGGGGGGGAUGGAGGAGGACGGAGUGGGUAGUAGGGUGGUGGAACAGAGGGCCUCCUUCCCUGUCCGACGCUUUCACAAACGCAAGCCCUCGCUAGCGAUGGGACUUUCAGAGGAGAGACCAAGACAGAGGCAGCGGCUCCCUGCCCCUAACCUGGGACUGCUAGUAGAGGAGGGAGGGGGUGCUGUACGAGAGGAGGGGGCGCUCUUCUCUCCUGACUCUCACAAGAUGGGGGAUGAAUCCAAGCUGGAUGCUGCCAUCGCAGGGUUAGCGGUUCCUCAAGAAGACCCUCAGAUGCCGAGCCAGUCGGACAGCGGGCACUGUGAGGAGGAGAACCACGGGCGAAUGCAUGGAGGAGUGAGUAAGGAGGAGGAAAUGGGGGAUGAGGAUCAUAAGGAUGAAAGAGGGGGGGUUAAGAUCAAAUCAGGUGCAGAAGAGGAGGCUGAAGAAGAAGAGCAGAAGGUGAUGAUUAAGAGGGAGCCCCUGAGUUCCCCCGAGCCAGCAGAUGAAAACAGCGACGUGACGUCUCAGGCAGAAGGCAGUGACCCGGCCGAGCCGGGCUGUCAGGAAGAGGAAGAGAAGGUGGAGCUGAGCCCUGAAAGCAGCGACCGCAGCUUCACCUCUGAACCCCAGCCCAGCUCUCAACUCCCCCUCAAGAACAGCAUGGGCGGAGGAGGCGAUGGCGGCGUGGCUGGAGAUUUUGGCUGUAAUAAUGGGCUGGGUGGCAAAUCUAGUUUCAACAUUUCCAGUUUCCUGGGACAGAAGGACUUUAGUAGCAGCAGGUCUGGAAUGGUUACUGGAGAGGAUGCUCUUCCCAACACAACAACCAGGGACGCUGUUUCUCAUCACUUUCUGCUGAGGCAGGAUGGUGCUGGACCAUCCAGUUCUACUUCCUCCUCUCUCCUGCAGUCGGUUCCACUCAGUGAGGGAAGAAACAGCUUUGGGGAAGCUGAUCCUCUCUUCCUCCGCCCCCUGCAUGAUGGUUUAGGAAACCCCAGAGGAAAUGGAGGGACUAUGGUUGGAGGGCGUGGAGGGGUUGAUCCCUUUGGCUUGGACUUCCAGCGCUCCAGCCUGGGUCUUCACUCGCUGGGGCGUCCCGCAAGAGGAACAGGAGGUGCCGCCUUCCUGGGUUACCCGAGCUACAGACGCAUCGCUCCAAAAAUGGCCACCGGCAUGAGAGGAGAAGAAGGAGUAAGUGGAGUUCUUCAGGAUGCUGCAUCCUCCUCCUCCUCCUCGAGUCUCGCCAGCCCACUGCUUCUCAACGAGGGCGGAGGGUACGAGGUGAGCGGUGGACGGCCCACCUCUCUCCCGCCUCAGCUCACGCGCGCCUCAGCAGACGUCCUGUCCAAGUGCAAGAAAGCUCUCUCAGAGCACAAUGUCCUGGUGGUGGAGGGGGCGCGGAAGUACGCCUGCAAGAUCUGCUGCAAAACCUUCCUCACCCUGACAGACUGCAAGAAACACAUCCGCGUCCACACGGGAGAGAAGCCCUACGCGUGUCUCAAGUGUGGGAAACGCUUCAGUCAGUCGUCACACCUGUACAAGCACUCGAAGACCACAUGUCUGCGCUGGCAGAACAGUAACAUGUCCAACACCCUGCUGUAAACAGAACGGGAGUGAACUGAACGUUACGUCCCAAACUGUUCUGAUCACAGACCAAAGAUGGGGAUGAUCAUGGAGUCAUAUUGGCACUUUUCCAGGAAAAUAACGUGCUCGUGUUUUUAUUUAAGUAUUAAGUUAUACAUGCAAAAUGACACAAGCAUAGGUGUGAGUCAUCUUAUGGGCCAUUCCCAUCUGUACCGGGUCGGCCCGGGCCGGGUAGCCCCAGUCGGCCCCAGUCUGGCCCGGUUGAUUCCACACAUCCUUGUCUUAAGCCCAUGUGGGCUGAUUCUACCCACCAAUCAGAGGCUUGCUCUAAUGGAAGGUGUGAAUUUGCUGUCAGCAGUGGGUGUGUUGGCCCUGGUCGGCCUGAAGAAGACCUCCUCGAGAAGAGGGCUGAGAAUGAGCCUUGGUUGGCCCAGAAAAAUACCAGGCCACCCAGAUAUGUAAACAACCUAUGCUACCCGGCCCGGGCCGACCCGGUACAGAUGGGAAUGGCCCAAUAGAUUGUGUAGUGCAAACGGUGCGCUUUCUGUAUGAAUGUCAUCAGACGUUUUACCUGAACUAGCAUGAGCUGUCCCUCUGGUGGACUCGUUCCUGAUCCUAUCCAUGCUCCUCACUCCCAAAGAGAACCGUAACAUGUUGAGCUCUGCAACCUCCCGUAGUGUCUCCUGUCUUUUCCCCAUGAAAAUGUCAAAGCUAGACAAGAAGGCCGGUCUCACUACCUUCUUCUACACCUUUCCUUUCAUUCUUGCUGUAACCCUUUUAUCACACAUCACACCUGACCAAACACUUCCUCCGCCUGCUGGCGCACGCUUCUCCACCUCAUUCCCAUCAUCCUCGUUGGGUUAGGGUUAUCACCACUGACACAGCCGCGCAUCAAAACCAGAAACACUCAACUACUCAAAGUUUACACAGCAGAAAAUCCAGUGAGCUUUAAAACUGUCAUUCUUAGGAAAUAAUGUGUUUGAAAUUUACUUUUAAUUGCAGUAAACAGAAAAAACACCCCACAGGUGCUCAUGCUAUAGUCACCCUUAAUCUGUGUCAUUGUUUACAGAAGCGUAUUGAAAACGUUACGGAGCAGUGUGUCGUUAUAACGAGAUAUUAAACUCCUUUCAGUGCAAAAGUUUCUUGUAGAAACGAGUUUAAUUAGUAACAACACCUUAAGAAAGUCCAGUGGUGAAGGCGUCUAUCUGCCUGUUACCCAUGGCAUUACCGUGUGUUGAUGUAGGUGGUGUCAGCAGUCAUUUACUUAGCCAGCUGAAGCAGAUUUCUUGCUUUUAUAUUUUAGUUUCCACUGGCGCUUUACAAGAUUUUCAAAAUAAAACUCAAAAGUUUGCAUCUGAAACAGGAAAAUGCACGAAGGCAGCCAAAAACGGGUUUGUUUGUUUCACAAAGAAAUAACAACCGACUCUCCAUCUUCUCCCUCCGUUCUUCUAGACGAGAUCCAAACAUCUCGCAAAACGUUGCUAUUUUAUUGUUCCAACGUUUCUCGUCAUAACAAGAUUUAAACUCCUUGUUCCAAGAAACCUUUUCAAAAUGACAAACAUCAAGUAUCUCGUAAUUAUGAGGAGCUGCUCCUUUCUUGCAAAACACUUUCAUGAUGUUGAGCUCUUGCAAGCUCAAUGAAGGAUUUAUGCAUGUAACCAUAGUAGCAGUAGAAACUAUUCCAGUCAUCGGACUCUUACUUUAGGUAAGGGUGAGAACAAAUGGCUCAUGUUUCAUUAUUGACUGCUGUCAUAUGUUAGCCUAGCGUCGACACCAUCAUUUAUCAAAUCAAAAUCAUAUAAAGUCACGGCCAGGAUUAGGGAUGCAACGAUACCACUUUUUUCCAAACCGAUGCGAUACCGAUACUUGGAUCUGAGUACUCGCCGAUACCGAUUACCGAUACAGAUACUUCUACCACACAAAAAAAUGCAAUGAAUUGGAAUACAGGUUUUAUUUUCUUCUUUUUUCAAUAGGAAAAGACUGUGAGGUAGAUAAAAGGUAGUAUAAGUGAUCACAAAACUAAAAUAUUAGGUGAACAGAAAUGACAAGUUACAGUGAAAACACUUUCAAGCAACUGCAUUGGUAUCAGUUACUGGAAUCUGUUAACUUUUACCGAUACUGGUAUCAGUAUCUGUAUCGGCACCGAUACCAGUAUCGUAUCGGUGUAUCCCUAGCCAGGAUGUUACAUCUGUGAAAACGUGAGAAGGCGGUCCUGUUUGAACUUCAUGAGUUACAUUUGAACCAAGUUUAAGAUUUUUUGUUAGGAAAGAUCAGGACAACGUGGAGGAAACUCGCACCAAUGACUUUCAAAGAAAGCUUCAACCUUCCUUCAUUUUUCACAGUCUUCUCUAAAAUGGUGACUUUCAAAAGCUUUUUAUCAAAGGGAUAUUUCAGCAAUUUUUACACGUGUUUCUGAUAGUAGUAUUUCAUCUUUCCUGGUGUAAGUAAACAGUAAUGAAAACAUUUUUUAUAUUUCCAGCACACUUGGGUGACUUCUGCUCUCCGACUAGCCGUUAGCUCAUCCAUCAAAUGGAACGUGAAGGCUAUUUUUCUGAUGAGAUGGUAAUUAUUUCUAACUCUUACAUAGAAACUGCUUAAUCACAGAAAUAUUCCUUUAAUACUAAAGUAUUAGUCUGAUUAAAAUAGCUGUAAAUACA